UUUCAUUUCCAAUUUUAUUUACAAACAGUAUGUAAGAAAUAUCUGCAAAAUCGGGAAAAGAGCGAUUCAAAUUUAACGCAAGAAGAAAAAUCAAUAAAAACAGCAUAUACAAGAUUGGACAACGGUAUGUCGGUGGCUCGGGUAGUAAGCCAACCACCAGGUUCACGAUCAGAUGGAAAUAUUGAUCUUGGAUAAGGGGUAUCUGUGUUCUGUCUGUUGGCAAACACGUUUUACUAUAUCAUCAUUGAGCAGUGAAUCGAAGUGAUGUGAGAUUUGUAACUUAUUCAUUGUUAACAAGUGAAUAUCGAACGUCACGUAAUAAUACUAAUCUGGUAGUGACUAUCAUAAAUACUUCGUUCUCUCUAUUCAGAGUUUGAUUACGUUUACGACGAAUGGUAACGUGCCAAUAAUAAUUGUUUCAUUCAUGAAUUCAUUUGAAUAGAAGUUAAUCCCAUAAAAUUUCUUAAUACUUUAUGAACGUAAUGGAAUCCUGACAGUUCCUGAUUCUCUAACUUUGAGGAAACUUCGUCAACGCGUUGCCCUCCUCGUAACAUAAGGGUGACUUUGAAAGGUAGAAAUCACAAAUACAACAAUUAAAAUGCAUGCUUCUUCGUAUGUACACAUGUAUUCUCAGCUUUAUGUAUGUAUCAAGGCUAAUUGGUUUGAUAACAUGCUUGCAUACUUAAACAAGCAAACGAUUACAGGAAACACUGCAGGACGAAAAAUCAGUUCAUCGUAGCAUUUCUAUACCGCAUCUGUUCGCGCACGUCUACGUAACAAAAUUUGAGUUUUGCAGCUUUCAUGUUCCAUGAAAACAUUGAAAUAUUUGAUUAAAAUUGAAAAAACUGCACAGUGAACUGGGAUCUGAAAUUUAUACUCGUAUAUUAUGUUCUCCAGUGCAAGCCAAGAUUAGAAUUCCUAUGGGUUCGUUAAUUGCCAGCUAUACACGAUGAUUUAUCAUCAAUUAACAAUCUCAGCAUAACUGUUCAAUGAUUGGUGGAAUUUUAACCGCGUAAAACGAAAAUUUCGGACAACGCUUUGAUGAAAUUAACUAGAUGAUUUGGAUGGGCCAAUUUGCUCAGGACGAAGAUGCCUUUGCCAAAUAUCCUCAGAAAGGCAAGCAGUUAUAUUUUAGGCGAUUGCAAUCAAGACAAUCGUCGCACCAUGUAUCAGGAUGGUGAGGCUUUAUUCUGUAAGAACAAUGUUUGCGUUCAUCCGCCAACUUUGAUGAGACAAAACUCCGACGUGGUGCAUCACCCUGGCUACAUGGCCAUAACCUGUAGAUUUAACAAAAACUCGAACAUACCGACUUUACAUCUCAGCUGGAUUCCUAACAGUACGCUUCGUAAACAUCCUACGACAUUAGAAAAUUUAAGCGCAAGAAAACUUGAUGGUAUCAUUCAUCGAGACGUGGAUAUAAGUUCGCAUCACUCUCAGAUAUCGGAAGAAAGCUAUGAUUUGAAAUGUGAGUAUAAAAAUACCAGCGAGAAAGUUGACGUCUGUUUAGAAGUGAAAGAACCUGUGAAUUGUGGCGAUUGCGAACGUGUUUGUUCUGGUGGAUUUCCACGGAAUACGCGUGUUGACGUUCACGAUACAAAUUCGAAGAACGAUGACAGAGAAAACUCGUCCGAUGAUCAAAAUGUACUUGUAUCAGAAACUAAGGAAACAGACGUUAAUGUCAAUCGUCAAAUGGACUAUUAUCAGUCUGACAGUUCAUCGAUUACCAUACACGAAGAAAAUGACCAUAGCAUUAGUUUAAAUCGUUUGCGUUCGGAAUCUUUGAACUGGAAACAUGAAGAGAAUCAACAGUGUAAGGAUCAAAAGAUUGAAACUCAGGAAGCCGAUGGAAAGAGUAUGGAUGAAGAGCUGAGAUAUCCUUAUUGUGAUAAUGUUAGCUUUAAAAGUCGUAGUAUGUCAUUAACCUCAACAGGUAGCUUGUCUGUUGGUGUACCCUCAGAAGCUGAAGAGAUUCCUUCAUGGAUGAGGUCACCUGAACUUUUGGCUUUACAACAUAACCUUACAUUUCCUGAAAGUGCAACAGCUUCUCCAGUAACGUUACGUAGAGCGCACAGAUGUAGGAGGUUUUCGGUAGAUCUCAGUGAAAUGAGAUCCCUAAGAUUAUUUUUUGCUGAUCCAGCUUGUACCUCUGGUCAAUUAGUAGUUGCGAGUAGAGAAAGUCAAUAUAAGAUUUUGCAUUUUCAUCAUGGUGGAUUAGAUCGAUUGGCAGCGACUUUACAUCAGUGGCACCAAUUGCUUUAUCCACGGUUGGAUACAGAUGCUGAGGAAACUCUCCCAUAUAGGCAUUUUAUGGUAUGUCGACCAGAGGUGAGUCGAGAUGAAUUACAUCCGGAAGAAGGACAAGUACCAAUGAUCACGUCAUUGGCUUGGAAAGAUCUGUUGAAUGAAAGGGGUCAAGUAGAAGAUGAUCUUGCUCUGCGAAAAGGAAUAUUUUUUGGUGGUUUAGAACCUGCAUUAAGGAAAAUUGUUUGGCCUUUUCUCCUUCACUGUUAUUCCUAUCAAAGCACUUAUGAAGAUAGAGAACAAAUUGAUGCUAUUCGUAGACAAGAAUAUGAAGAAAUACAAAAACGUAGAUUGAGUAUGAGUCCAGAACAAGCAGAACAUUUUUGGCGAAAUGUAGUAUGUAUUGUAGAAAAAGAUGUUGUUCGCACUGACAGAGGAAAUCCUUAUUAUGCAGGAGAAGAUAAUCCAAAUAUUGAAAUAAUGAAAAAUAUUCUAUUAAAUUAUGCAGUUUAUAAUUCUCGAUUAGGAUAUACGCAAGGUAUGUCCGAUUUGUUGGCCCCAUUAUUAGCUGAACUUAAUUCUGAAAUUGAAGCAUUUUGGUGUUUCGCUGGUUUAAUGCAAAGAUCUGUAGCUGUAUGUACGCCAACUGAUGUAGAUAUGGACAGAAAUCUAUGUUAUUUAAGAGAAUUAGUGAGAAUAAUGGUACCCGAUUUUUAUGCACAUCUUCAAAAACAUACAGAUGCCUUAGAACUCUUAUUCUGUCACAGAUGGAUACUUCUCUGUCUAAAACGAGAAUUUCCUACCGAAGUAGCACUGGUAAUGUGGGAAGCUUGUUGGGUAAAUUAUUUAACAGAUCAUUUUCAUCUGUUUCUUUGCCUUGCUAUAAUGUGUGUUUAUGCAGAUGAUGUAAUAGCACAAGAUCUUAGAACGGACGAAAUGCUAUUGCAUUUUAGUUCUUUAGCUAUGUACAUGGAUGGUAACCUCAUAUUGAGAAAAGCAAGAGGCCUACUUCAUCAUUUUCGCCAACUUCUUCGUUUACCGUGCACAUUAGCCGGACUUUGCCGUCAGUGUGGCCCAGGAAUGUGGGAUAGCACUCAUGAUCCUGUCAUAGAAUGUGUGGGCCAUGACGAUGCACCCUGUCCAUACUUAAAUAACUACGAAUAACGACCUAAUCUAAUGAAAGUGAGAAAAAUAUUCUGCUGUUGAAGCUUUUAAAUUAUUUUUACUUUAAAUAAGUAAAUUAAAUGCUGCUCUCGUGUAAAAUACAUAAGUUAUAUAAAUUGCAGUUGACUAAAUGUUAUAUAACAGAAGUUAAUGAAAGUAAUAUUUGACGUAUAUACCGUUUAUAUGAACAAAUUCUUAAUUAAUUUAAUAUUACAAACGAACAAAAAUAUACAUUUAUAUCAUUAUGAAUCUUAUUUGCAUAAUUUUAUAAUUUUUAAAUAUUGAUCUAAAAAUAUCUGGUAAAUCAAGUUUGAUAAUGAAUAAGAAACCAAAAGACAUAUCCUAAAAUUCAAUGAUCAAUGAAGCUUAUCAUUUAAUGUAAUUUCGACAAAUUUUAAGAAUACUGCAUCUACAAUUCCUGUAAAACAAAAAUAUUCUAUAUUAAAUAAUUAGGUAGAACUCAAGUGAUUGUAAAGAGUUCUGGCCGAAAACGUAGUACAAUUAAAGACUGAUGACCAAAGAAAAACGGAGUAGUACAAGCAUACUAACUUUAAAAUAUCCCAGCAGACAAAACUCUUUAACUGCAUAAUCAUUGUAUUAUUUAUUUAUUACACUACGAAAAUGUGCCAUUUUUCAGUUUGGUACAAAGUUCAUGAAUUGUGAUCUGAAAAUAAAGUCUAAUGUAGUAUCAAUAAAAAAAAUCAAAUGUAACUCGAUGUAAGCAUCAUAAAUAUUUAUUAUAAGUCCGUUCAAACUUUUUGGUCAAUUAAUAUUAAUGUUAAAUGUGUUCACUUUGGGAUAUUCACUUAUGUGAUAUUUUCAGUAUAAGUUUUUUUAUAAAACCUUAUUGUUGAUUAUACAUAUUUGUUACACAUAAUGUGUCACUUUUUAUUACAUACGAAGUAUAUUUAAUUUCCCAUUAAAUAGUUUUGCAUCGAUAUUGUAAUGAUAAUUCACAUGAAUGAUGUAAAUAUCUUGUUUCACAUUUGGUUUUAUUAUUUUGACUACCCAAAGUGCGUUUAUGCUAGUCCAUUUGCUCAGAAAGAAAUAUAAAAUAGAUAAAAUAACUCUUUAUAUAUUUCAAAUUCUCAAAUUUUUUUUGUAAAAGUAAUGUUCCAUUAUAAUGAAUGUAUACAGUCAUAUUAUUUAUAUGAUUCCUUACAAUAUAAUAAAAUGAAUUCUGCUAAUUAUUAAUAUUGAACAACUGUUAAUAAUUGAGAAAAUUGUAAGGAGUUCAUACAAAUAAUAUAAAAAGCUUUUACUGUGCCACCUUCUGUUGUUAGGCAAUUACAGAGAGAUCUAUUCGUGUUAAAAUUUGUUCUGCUAAGUCUAAUUAAGUAUGACAUAUGAAUAUAAAUACAUAAAAAUAUGUAUGUAUAUACAAAAAUAAAUCAAAAUAAGCUUAUAUAAUCACUCCUUUAUUUUUACUCAUUUACUUUUAGAAAAUAUAUGUAUACAUGUUUCACUUAUCGUAUACUCCGCUUAUACAGGUACAUGGUAUGAGAGGCAUAUGUACUUUGAAUACUUUGUUGGCAGUUUUGUAUCAUAUAUAAAAAUAUGUUCUGCAAUAUAUAAAUUAAAUUGAUCUAAUCAAUAAUAUUCAUUUAAUUUAUAUAGUUUUCUUGUGCAUAUACUAAAUAAAAUAUGCUAAAAAAUCGCUGAACAAAAUUCCGUUUUAAAAAAGCGCUAAAUAGGCAUUUAAUAUUUUUUUUUUAAUAUUAAACCUAUUUAUUAGUUAUGUAAUUUUAUAGUUUCAAAUAUACCUUCAUACCGCUUAACAGUGGACAAAACAUUACUAGUUGACCACCACAUAUCACUGAUUUGAAAGACAUCUUAUAUACGUAGAAACUGUAUCAACACAUAUUAGCUACUAAAUAAAAAUAUACAAAAUAUAAAGCAUAUAUUGUAGAAAAGUUCAAAACUUAAAUUAAGAUUAUUCAUUUGGCUUGUAUAAGCUUAAUCCUGACUUGUGCCAGUGUAUUGUCUGUUUUAUUGUGACACAUUGUAUCACAAAGUACAGUCGGGUCUCCAUAUUAAUUAUUUUUAAAUUUAGUUUAGUAUGUGAAACUGCAGAUAAUAUUGAAUGCUAUCUAUGUAACGCGAUAUUUUUGUAUUAUUUUAAAGUUUCAUUUAGCAAUUAGUUUACAACAUUGAUUAAAUUAAAUAAAGUAAUAACACAGCACACUAUAUACAUUGAACAUUUAUAAGAUAUGCGAAUACAGAGACUCGACUGUAUUAUUAUUAUUUUAUCCUUACUAUUAUAUUAUUUUACAUUAAUUAUCUAUACUAUAACUACACUGUUAAAUAGUUUAAAUUAUAAAGAUAAUAAUUUUUUAAGAGAUCUUUCACUCGUUGGUAACGUUUUUUUGAAGUUAGUGUUAAAAAUUUCAAACACUUUUAUCACGAUUUUAAA